AUGUUCAAAGCGACGUCUCCUCUCUUUUCGGGUCUUCUUUGGAAGAUCCCAUGGCGAAUCUCGCAGCCCCAGAAGGCUCGCCAGAGGAAGCGCCUUCGCUCCGUUGAUAAUGUGGUAGACACCAUCAGCGCCGCCCUUGCACGUAACGGCCUGAAGGCGCGAUCCGUCGAUCGGUGGUACCGGGAAAUGCCUCGCGAGGAGGAGAUGCUGCCAAAGGAUAAAUACACGCUGUUCGACAAGAAGGAAAAGACGUACCGCAAGGGUAUUCACAAGCUGCCGAAAUGGACACGAGUCAGCCAGCGCGUGAACCCUCCCGGUUUCUAA